AUGGCGGUGCAGGCUGCGGACAACGACGCGAUAAAUGUGGAGAAUGACUACCUGGACGAUUCACUUGGAAACGCUGGCAUCAUCUCUCCCGUCAAGGAAGACGUAGCACGCCUUGCUGUACCGUUCAGUGGACGUAUACGAGGUGGAAUGCGCCCUGGGAAAAAGAUCAUAGUGAUGGGUAUUGUCGACUUGGAGCCAGUUAGCUUUGAUGUGAGCCUGACCUGUGGACAUAUCACUGAGAAAGAAGAUCCUCCGUAUGAUGUGGCCCUCAAACUCACCGCCCGCUUCAGUGAGCGCAGGCUCCUUCGCACUGCCAGAGUAUCUGGGAAAUGGACUGUUGAAGAAGCCUCUUCUGAAUACUUCCCAUUCAUACCAGACCAACCUUUUCGGAUUGAGCUCCACUGUGAGCAUGAGCGGUUCCGGAUAUUUGUGGAUGGACACCAGUUAUUUGACUUUUAUCACAAAAUAAAGUCUUUGCCCUCUAUUGAUACAGUACGGAUAGACGGAGAUCUACACAUCACCAAGCUCGGAAGCGGUAUAGCGACAAUCUGGCCAAUGGACAACAUGCCACAGCUGUUCUCAUCCCUGCCACAAGUGUGCGACCAGGAUGAAGAAGCAUCAGCUGAGAAGGAAGAAUUUGGAGAGUUUAGUCAGAUACCUGGUGCACCUUCACAGGAGGACAGAGAGUGUGUGCAAUUUGCAGACCGCCAGGAGGCCCAUGGGCAGCAUGAUAUGAUGUGGUGUGAUUUAACUAGCUGUCAGGUUGUGCUCCAACAUCAAGUUCAACAACUGUUUCUGGACAGUUUUCCUUUGCUGGUCUCACCUAAUGAAAUGGACGAUCCAGUUUAUGGACUAGACGUGCUGCUCUUCUGCAAAGAUAUUGGAGACCGAGAUGAAGAAGAGUCAAAACAUAUGGGCUCACUCUGCAUUCCGCCUGGUUUAAGAUCAUCAUCUCAGGACAUUCACUCAGCUGCUGGGCUGCAGUUUCAGUGGGCUUGUUCCCAUGCCAACAGGUGUUUACUUCAAUGCCUCGCUGUGGACUCCAGGAAUAUUGUUUUCAUUGACUUAAAAAAGCAACCUGGACCUGCAUUUGCAGCCUAUCGGGAACAGAUGGAACAUAUGAAGGACUCUUUACAUCGUUCCCUGGGUGUAUUAAAGGAUUACCUGUGCUCUGUGCUAACCUGA